ACAAAUGAAAACAAGACCUGGAGAAGUCCUUAUUGAUUGUUUAGAUUCAAUUGAAGACACCAAAGGAAAUAAUGGGGAUAGAGCUAUCGGCUACAACUGCAUACUGAAUAUUACAACAAGGACUGCUAACUCUAAAUUACGAGGCCAAACUGAAGCUCUUUAUAUACUAACAAAAUGUAACAGUACUCGUUUUGAGUUUAUAUUUACAAAUUUGAUUCCUGGAAGUCCUAGACUUUUUACUUCUGUGAUUGCAGUACACAGAGCAUAUGAAACUUCUAAAAUGUAUCGUGAUUUUAAAUUGAGAAGUGCACUAAUUCAAAAUAAGGAACUAAGGUUAUUACCACAAGAACAUGUAUAUGAUAAAAUCAAUGGAGUAUGGGAAUUUAUCCAGUGAUCAGGGAAAUUUAGGAACCUUUUUUAUUACCAAUGUGAGAAUUGUGUGGCAUGCAAAUAUGAAUGACAGUUUUAACGUCAGUAUACCAUAUCUGCAAAUUCGUUCAAUAAAGAUUAGAGAUUCAAAAUUUGGGUUAGCUCUUGUCAUAGAAAGCUCUCAACAGAGUGGAGGAUAUGUUCUUGGCUUUAAAAUAGAUCCUGUGGAAAAACUACAAGCAUCAGUUAAGGAAAUAAAUUCACUUCACAAAGUCUAUUCUGCCAGUCCCAUAUUUGGAGUAGACUAUGAAAUGGAAGAAAAGCCACAGCCUCUUGAAGCUCUGACAGUUGAACAAAUUCAAGAUGAUGUAGAAAUAGACUCUGAUGAUCACCCAGACGCUUUUGUGGCUUAUUUUGCUGAUGGCAAUAAGGUGACUCCCAACAUGGAAUCGCAGCGGGAACUCGCAGAGGAACUGCGGCUUUACCAAUCCACCCUUCUUCAGGAUGGUCUAAGAGAUCUCCUGGAUGAGAAAAAAUUCAUCGACUGCACCCUAAAAGCUGGCGACAAAAGUAUUCCGUGCCACAGAUUGAUUUUGUCAGCGUGUAGUCCUUACUUCCGUGAGUAUUUUUUAUCUGACAUUGAUGAGGCGAAAAAAAAGGAGGUCGUCCUAGAUAAUGUGGAUUCUGCCAUGCUGGAUUUAAUCAUCAAGUACCUCUACUCCGCCAGUAUUGAUCUCAACGAUGGAAACGUGCAAGAUAUUUUUGCACUGGCCAGCCGCUUUCAGAUCCCCUCCGUGUUCACUGUCUGUGUCUCUUAUCUUCAGAAAAGACUGGCUCCUGGUAACUGUCUAGCCAUCCUAAGAUUAGGACUUCUCCUUGACUGCCCCAGACUUGCCAUCUCGGCCCGGGAAUUUGUGUCUGAUCGCUUUGUACAGAUUUGUAAGGAAGAGGACUUCAUGCAACUGUCGCCCCAGGAAUUGAUCUCAGUCGUUUCAAAUGACAGCCUAAAUGUAGAAAAGGAAGAAACGGUAUUUGAGGCGGUGAUGAAAUGGGUGCGAACAGACAAAGAAAGAGUUAAAAGCCUUAGCGAAGUGUUUGAUUGUAUCCGUUUUCGCCUGAUGACAGAGAAAUAUUUUAAAGAUCAUGUUGAGAAAGAUGAUAUCAUUAAAAGCAACCCAGAACUCCAGAAAAAAAUCAAAGUUCUCAAGGACGCUUUCGCAGGCAAACUUCCAGAACCGAGCAAGAAUGCAGACAAGGCUGGGGCUGGUGAGGUGAAUGGAGAUGUUGGUGAUGAAGAUUUACUUCCUGGUUACCUGAAUGACAUUCCCAGGCAUGGAAUGUUUGUCAAAGACCUCAUCCUCUUGAUUAAUGACACAGCUGCAGUGGCUUAUGAUCCCACGGAAAAUGAAUGCUACCUGACUGCAUUGGCGGAACAGAUUCCCAGAAAUCAUUCCAGCGUCGUUACCCAACAAAAUCAGGUAUAUGUGGUAGGAGGACUAUAUGUGGAUGAAGAAAAUAAAGAUCAACCUCUGCAGUCAUACUUCUUCCAGCUUGAUACCGUUGCAUCUGAGUGGGUUGGCCUUCCACCUCUGCCUUCAGCGAGGUGUCUUUUCGGUCUGGGAGAGGCAGAUGACAAAAUCUAUGUAGUUGCAGGCAAAGACCUUCAAACGGAGGCUUCGCUGGAUACAGUAUUAUGCUAUGAUCCUGUGGCUGCAAAAUGGAAUGAAGUAAAAAAACUUCCUAUCAAAGUCUAUGGCCAUAAUGUGGUUUCACAUAAGGGGAUGAUAUACUGUCUAGGAGGAAAGACAGAUGACAAAAAGUGUACAAACAGAGUAUUUAUCUACAACCCAAAAAAAGGAGACUGGAAAGAUAUGCCUCCAAUGAAAACCCCACGUUCGAUGUUCGGAGUGGCUAUCCAUAAAGGCAAAAUUGUGGUUGCAGGAGGUGUCACUGAAGAGGGUCUUUCAGCGUCUGUUGAAGCUUUUGACCUCACAACCAAUAAAUGGGAAGCAAUGACCGAAUUUCCCCAGGAAAGAAGUUCCAUCAGUUUGGUCAGUCUGGCUGGAUCCCUGUAUGCCAUCAGUGGUUUUGCCAUGAUUCAGCUGGAAUCCAAAGAGUUUGCACCCACUGAAGUCAAUGAUAUAUGGAAGUAUGAAGACGAUAAAAAGGAAUGGGCUGGGAUGUUGAAGGAAAUACGUUAUGCUUCAGGAGCUAGUUGCCUCGCAACACGUUUAAAUCUCUUCAAAGUGUCUAAACUGUAAACAAGGAGGUGAAAAUAUGUAAUAGAUUGAGAGGUGGUUUGUUUGGAUAACAGGGCUUUAAUUUAUUCUGGGGUUUUUUUUAAGCCUAUACAGAGAUCCAUGUAGAAAUUAUCCACUAAGUUACUGUGCAGGAGGUUAGCAGUGGGUAUCAAAACCUCAACGUCUGAAUCUUCCAUGUAAUGACCAUAUCUUAAAACCAUUUUCUAAUGAAAAAUUCAAUAUUAACUUGAACAGAUUUCUUUUGAGAUUUCUCACUCAAUCAACGACUAUAAAGCAGGUUCCUAAAUUUGAGUUGCUAAUCGCUUCAUUUGCAUUUUUAGGGUAACUUUACAUGUUUCCCAUUACAAAUGAAACUGGAGAAUGAGAUAUGUACAUCUACAUUUUUAAAUGUUUAAAAACAUCAAAAACAUUCCCUCCUAGAACUUCAAGAUAUGACAAGAACCUUGUGCAUUAUAUUAAAGAUUACGUGCCAAGAGACUUCCGAAAUGCUAAAGAGUAUAAUAAAUGGGUCUCAUUUGAAGGCGCAAAGUCUCUAAGUAGUCAAAUUCAAGUGAUCUUUUUCUCCAUUCUUUUGUCACACUGGUAUACUGUUUGUGAUUUAAAUAAAAAAAUUUUUUUUUCAAUUUAAAA